AUGAGCGAUCUGGUAGCUCUUCCCGGUAAGAUGAACCGGACUGCCCCUCUCUGGCCUCGAAGCACCUCCCCAAACGAAGCCGCCGUGGCAUCUCAGACAUCGGAGCACCGCGUAGGGGGUGGGCAUGUGAACUCGCAAAGGCCGCAACGUAGCUCUGGCCUCGGAAUCAACCCUAUGCCGUCGGGAUGUCGCCCGAUCUCCCGCGCCACGACCGACUGUCCCGAUUCCAAACCCGCUCGGCAGUCCCCCCAACUCUCGUACCUCGGGUGCGUCCAGAAGUCCCCUGUCGCAAGGAGUCAAGACGCGGAGCAGCAAGGCACACCCGGCCGAAGCGAGCGAAGCGAUAGGCUUUGCGGUGGGAGCGAGGGUGGUGGUGGUGGUGGUGGCAGCUGA